AUGGUUAUUACUUAUAGAAACGAAGUUACAAAGAUUAAAUUAAAAAAUAUGAGUUUUAAGGAUAAAAAUAAUAAAAUUUUAAAAAAUUUAAAUAAUAAUUUUGAACAUAAAAAAAAUAAUUUUAUUUCUAAAUUUUUAUUUAAUGAAAAAAUUAAAAAAAGUAAUAAAACAUAUGCAACAUGCAAUAAAGAUUUAAAACAUAUGGAAUACUUUCUUGAUAAAAUAUUUAAUAAUAAUGAAAUAAUUAAAAAAGUAAGAAACUAUAAGGAUUUAGUUAAUUUUUAUAGUAAAUAUAAUUAUAUUAUUAUUAAUUUGAAUAUGAUAAAAACCUCUGUAUUAAAAAAUAAGAAAAAAAAAAACUAUCUUUUUGAAUACAAAAACAAGAAUGAAGCCUUAAAAAAAAAAGAUGCAGAAAAUUUUCAAAAUACGAUAAAAGAAAAAUAUAUGAAAAGAAAAAAAUACAAUAAAAAAUUCAUUAGAAAAAUAAGAAAUACUAAUAAAAUUAAUAAAAGUGAAAAAAUUAAUAAAGAAAAAAAUAUUCUAAGAAAAAAAAAAAUUACCUAUAAUAUUAUUUUGUAUAAAAAUCUUGCUAUAUUUUUAGAUGAUACUGUAAAAAAAAAUUUUUUUUUUGAAGAAAAUAAAGUUAGUAAAUCUUAUAUAAUAUUAAUUAGUAAGAAAAGAAAUAAUGAUGAAAGUGUCAGUUUAGAGAUAUAUAAAUAUAACAAGAUAAAUUUUAUUAAAAAAUAUCCUGAAACAUUAUCAAAUAUGUUCACAUAUUUAUCUAAAAUCUAUCAAACACAGGAAAAUAGUUUUUGCUCAGAUUAUGAAUACACAAAAAAAGAUACAUUAUUUUUAAAACGUUUAAACUUUAAAUUAAGAAAAAUAUUUAAUAUACGAAAUAUUUAUAAAUUUAUAAAAAUAGCAAUUGAAAAAAGAUGUUCUAAGAUAAAAGAUAGAAAAAAUAAAAAUUAUGAAGUUGUUAAAAGCAAAAUACUAAAAAAAAAAGUAAAGUUCUUUACUUAUGAUCCACUUACUAUAAAUUAUAAUAAUAAAAUUUUUGAAAUUAAAAAAAUAAAAGAAAUAAGAUUAAGUAAAAUAAAAUUAUUAAAGUUUUUUGCAACUAUAUUAAAAAAAAAUAUUGAAAACAUUGAAAAUUCUAAAAAGUACUACAAUAAAUUAAAAUGCAAGAAAUUUAAAAAGUAUAUAAUAAAUACUUUGUUAUUGAAUAUUGUAUAUAUAAUAGUAACAGAAUUAAAAAAGAAGAAUAUUUUAAUUAAAAAGAAAUACAAUUGUUUUUCUUUUAUUAUAAUAAUGAAAAACAAGAAACUAACAAAUAAUGUAAUAAACAUAAAAAAAAAGUAUAAUUUAAUAAAUUUAAAAAGAAUUCAAAAUUAUGAAAAUGAUUUUAAAUUAGUAAAGCAUGCUUUUGAAUCUAGAAUUCUUUUCAAAAAUGAAGAUUUCAAAAAAGAAAUUCAAAAUAUUAUUAAUAAAGAUGUAAUAAAGGAAAAACUCUACAUCAGAAAAUACAGUAAGUUAUAUUUUUAUGAUUUUUUAAUUAUAGAAAUUAUUUUUAAUAAAAUUACAAAUUGUUAUAGAUAUGUGAAUAAAAAAAUCCCAUGUGAAAUUAAUUUUUUAAUUUGUAAAAAUAAAAUUAAUAAAAUAAUUAUAACUAUAAAUAAGAAUAGUAAAAAUUAUAUUGGAAAAAAAUAUAAAUAUUUAUAUUAUUUAAAAAAAAGAGACAAGUUUAUUGUAAAACAAUUUAGAGUCAAGUUAUGUUCAAAAAAUGAUUCGUGUUAUUAUUUAAUAAAAAAUGUAAGAGGAAAUAAAAGAAAACUACAUAUAUAUAAUCCAUUUUUACAAAAUAAAAUUAAUGAAUCAUAUAAAUUGUAUAAUAUUCAAAAAAUAAUAUUAAAAUAUAUAUGUCAUUUUAAAGAAAGAAAAUUAAAUGUUAAAAUAAAAAAAAAUAAUACAGCUAAACAAAAAAAAAUUCUUGAAAAAAAACAAAUAAUAAAUAAUACAGAAGGAAUAUUUGAUGUUUUAAUAAAAAAUAACAAGCUUGAAUUCAAAAAGUCUUUAAAUGAUAAAAAUCUGAAAUUAAAACAAGAUACGACUAUUGAGAAAAUUGAAAAUAUAUAUAAAAAUAGAAAACGCAAUUUUAGCACUUAUUAUUUGAGCGCAUUAAAUGAAAGUACAAGUAAUAAAAUUAAUGAACUUAUUUUUGAGAAAAAUAAAUACAAUAAAAUAAAUUCUUUAAAAAAAGAUACAUUCCAUAGAGAAAUAAAUAAAAGCUUAGAUUAUUGUGAAAAUAAGAAUAAUAAUUCAAAUAAAGAUAUCUACUCAUGUAUUAUAAAGAAAAAUGUAUUGAUAAAUUCAUUUGAUAAAGAAUAUAAUAAGCAUAUUAUUGAGAAAGUAGGAGAAAAAGAAGAUAAAGAGAAAAAGGGAAAAUUAUUUAUUAAUUCAAAAAAUGAAGAAAAAAGUGAAAGAAUAAAAAUUCAAAGAAAUGGAUAUAAAAAGAAGUGUAAUUUCGUUGGGAAACGUAAUAUAAAAAGAGUUAAUAAAAUUAUUGACGAUACUUACAGAAAUAAUACAAAGGAAUAUUUAAAUAUAAAUAGCAAUAAUUUUAAAAGAGAAUUAAAUGGUGAGUGCAAUAAUAAUUCCUAUUUUAAUAUUCUUGAUGAAAAUAAUAAUAGUAAUAUAAGUGUGUAUAACAAUUCUAUUUACAAUGAAAGUUACACUAAUAAUACUACUGAUAAUAAUAUUAAUGUCUAUUUUAAUUAUUUUGAUAAAAGUAAAAUUAUUGAUAAAUUUUAUAAUCUUUUAUCUAUAGAAAAAAAUAAAAUAUACAUUAAAGAGAAAGAAUUAAAAAAUGGAAUGAAAUUUUCAUUGUUAAAUAAAAAUGAUAAUGAUGUUGUAAUAAAUUCAUUUGGAUUUUAUAUAGUAAAGAAACAUAAAAGCCACACAAAUUUUAAACCUUGUAUAAAACUCAUUUUAAAAAAUAAGUAUAAUAAAAAGAGGAAGAAAAAAAUAUCUUUUAAUUUUCCGUUGUUUAUGAAAUAUUUGAAAAAAAAAAAAAAUAUAUUUUAUAGUAAUAAAUAUAAUUAUUAUGAAACAAAUGAACAUUUUAUUCAUAAUAAUGAAUUGAAAAAAGAAAAUAAUUCAAAAUGUUCUGAAUGUAUUAAUGUAGAUUUAUAUAAAGGAAAUUCCUUAAACAAAUUCUCUAGUUCAUUAAAUGAGAAUAAAAAAGAAAAAAUUUAUAAAUAUAAUGAUGAAUAUAAUGUAACUGAAAUUCAUAAUAAUGAAAAUGAUUCUAUUGAUAAAUAUAAUGAUAGUAACGUGAAUUGUGUAUGUUAUUAUAAGAAUAACAUGAAUGGGGAAUCAUAUUUUGAGAACAAUUUAAUUGAUGAAUCAGAUUUUGAAGAUAAUCUGAAUAGUAUAUAUUAUUUUAAAAAUAAUAAACAAAAUAAUUAUUACUUAUCUGAUAUUUUCGAGGAAAAAAGCUUAGAAAUGGAAUUAUCCAUAAAAAGUAAAUCAGAAAAUAAAAGUGCAUUUUUAAGAAAUGGAGAAAACAACAACAUUGCCAUAUCUUCAGAGAUAAAUGAGGAAAAUAUAUUAAAUGAAAAUUUAAUGAAUAAUAGAAUGAUGGACAAUUCAUCUUUAUUAUAUGAAAAAGAAUCAAAAGAAUUAAUACAAAAAAAUAGAAAAAAAAAGAAAAAAAAGAAAAAAAAUUUAGAUUAUAUAUUAAAUGAGGAUUUACCGUUAGAAAGUAUAGAUAAUAUAUUAAAAAAUAAUUGUGAUAUAAGUUUAGAUAAUAAUAAUAAUAAUGAAGAGGAAAAGCCAAUUAAAGAUAACAUAGGGAGUGAUAACAAUAAGACUGCUUUAGAAAACAAUAUUGAUUUAGAAGUAGCAGUUAUGGAAAGACAUAGCAGUAUUUUAAUAAAUAGAGGAAUAAAAACAAAAAAAUGUGUAGAUUAUUCCUUAUAUAAUACAUAUGCAAAAUCAUCUUUUUUACAGUGUGCCGAGCAAGCAGAUAAUCAUUUUAUUGGAAAUUAUUUAGAUAGAUAUAAUGAUGAAAAUUUUUAUCAUUUGAGGCAAAAAAUAAAACUUUGUUUAUCAAGAACAUUUGCUAACUUAAAGACAACUAGCGAAACAUGUGUUUUGCAUUUUACUAACCUAAUAUUUGAUUUGUAUAUAAGUAGAUUUAAUUCAAAAGAAGAAAUUAUUGAUAGUAUAAUUAAUGAUAUUGUUACAGAAGAAAAGCAGUUUUCUGAUGUCAUGGUCCAAUUAUUAAAAGAAUUUUAUCCUGAAAUAUAUAACGAUUUCAUAUAUAAAGAACAAUUAAAAAAUAAGUAUAAGAUACUAUAUCAAGAAUUAAAGGAGUCUUGUGAUUUAAUUUAUCAUUUUAUAGCUAUUAUUUGCUUAUUUAUAUCACAAAAAUAUUAUAAUUACAGAUUGAUAUCUAUUGAUUUAAUAGCUAAAACAUAUUGCAAAAGUCACUUGGAAGGAUUGAGAAAAGUUUAUUCAUUAAAUAAUGAGCUAAUUAAAGAUGCCUCUCCUGAUUAUUAUUCAGCUACACAAUAUUUAGAUACUACUUUUUCUUCUCAUAGUGUAAAUAAGAAUUUCGCUUUAGAAGUAGAAAUAUGUAUUUUAAAAAAAUUAAAUUAUGAUUUAUCAAUACCAACUUCUUACAGUUUGCUUGAUAGUCUACUGAAAGCUAAUGAAAAUAUAAAUUUCCUAAAAGUGAGAAAUGAUUAUAAUUCUACAGAAGGAGAAAUUUUGCUAAGAAUUGCAAAUAUAGAUAAUAUUUUUUUAAAAUAUAAAUCUUCUACUUUAGCUAUGGCUAUAUAUGAAAUAUUAAAUUUUAAUAUAUGCAAAGAUAAAAUGCAAAGAGAAUUAUUUGAUUUUACUAAAUUAGAUGAUUUUAAUCAUAUAGAAGAAAUAAACAAGGAAAAAAAAAAAGAAAAAGAUUUAGAAGAAGAAAAAAAAGAAAAGGAAAAAAAGAAUGAGUUAAAAUUCUUAAAAAGACAAGCAAGGAGUCUAAUUAUUGCUGAGGAGGAAGAUCGAUUUAUUACAGCAUCUAAAUAUAUAAAUGAAAAAACAAAAAUUUAUAAAUUUAUUAAAAGAAUUAUUAUUAAAUUAUGCUUUCUAAUUAAAAAAAAAAUACCAAAGUCUUACUAUUGUUGCGAUUAUAAUUUGAGUGAAAAAUUAGGUUCUCAUAUUAAACGCUUUCAUGAAAGUAAAAUAAUGUAUUUAAAUCGACUUAAAAUGAAGAAGUUAAAAAAAGCUAAGAAACAGGAAGAUAAUAAUAUAAGAAAAGAAGAAAUAGAAAAAUCCUCCAAUAAAAAUUUCACAGAGAAAAUUCACGAAGUAGGGGAGGAGAGAAGUAAUGAUACAUUAAUAAAUGUUAAAAAUAAAACAAGAGAAAAUAAUAAAACUUAUACAACUGAAAAACAAAAAAAAUGCAUUUACGAAUCAGAAAAGGAAAAAAUGCUUAUGUUUGAUAAAAGUAACAAAAAGAUAUUGAUAGAUAAUGCGGAAGAAAGAAAAAAAAAGUUAAAAGAAAUAAGGGAUGAUGAAGCUAAAUUUCAAUCAACAAAAGAUAAAAUAAUUAAAAAGUUCAGUAAAUGUAUAAAGAAGUUAAUCAAAUUGAAAUAUGAUGAUAUUCCAAUUAAAUACUGCACUACAUAUGUUUUAGAAGGAGAUGAACUGAAAAUUUAUAUAAAAAAAGAUAAUGAUAUUGAAAAUAGAAAUAUAAAUACUUCAAAUAGGACGAAAAGAAAUUCUUUCAAUAAUGUAAAAGAUACAUCUCUUAAAUCUAAUAUACAAACAAAAGCAAAAAAUAAUUACAUUAUAGGAACAAGAACAAAAUCGACGGAUGAGCAUUUAGUCUAUUAUUACAACUAUGUUAGUAAACUAAAAAGUAGAUUGAUUAAAGGAUUGAAAUAUUUCUUACGAAGGAUUAAAAAAAUAAAAAGCAGAGAAAUUUAUGUACAAAAAAUGAACAUGAAUUUUCUUCUUAAAAAGAAAAAAAGGAAAAAAAAAAAAAAAGAAAAAAAAAUUAAGAAUAUUUCAUUAUAUAAACAGUUAUUAAAUGAAAUAAAGGUUUUUUUUUUGUGGUUAUACAAAUUAACGAAUAUUGAAAUUCGUCCUUUAAUUAAUUUUUCUGAUUUAAAAUUUAUUUCAAUAAUAAAAAAUUACGAAAAAAAUUAUUCUAAAUAUAUUUUGAAGAAGCUUAAUUAUAUGAAAGAAAAUCAUGAAGAACUAAAUAAAAAGAUAGAUAAAAAGAAUUUUGAAAAUUUUAAGAUUAGUUCAAAUAGUACUAAGAAAAGAGGUGAAACUAGUGAAACUAAUAAAAAUCAUAAAAAUAUAAGUGUUAAAAAAAAUUUACAGGGAAAGAAAAAUAACGUGUUCCACAAAAAAUAUAUUGAAGAAGUUAAGAAAACUAUUGAUGGUGGGGAAAAUAUUUUUUAUUCAUUCUUAAAAAGUAGUGGCACGAUAAAAAAAUUAAAAAAUGAAGAAAAUAUAGUUGAACAAAAAGAUAAUAUAAAGAACAUUCACAAAAGUAAUAAAAAUGUUUUAAUAUCAAAAAAUAAAGAAUGCGAAAAUACUAAAAACACAACAGUUUUUUAUGAAAAAAAUAAAUAUAUGAGAAAUAAAGAAGGCAAAAUAGAUGAAGAGAAAAAAAAAAAGGAAGGUGAAAAGGAUAAAGAUGAUGAUGCAUUAUUAGGAAAAAUAGAACAUGAAUCUUUUGAAAAGCAAAAAGAUAAAUUUAGUGAAAAUGUAGAAAAUAGUCAUUUAUUUUCAUUAACAAAUUUCGAAAAUUUAACAAAAAUAAAUAGUGAUUGGAUAACUAUUAAUGAUCCUCAAGUGGAUGAAUGUGCAAAAGAAUUAAUGGAAUGCUUCUUAAAAUGGAAGAAUCAAAAUUAUAUUUCAAAAAAUUGGACUUUUAAUGAAUAUCCAAAUUGUAAAGAAUAUUAUUUUUCAUUAGUUUUUGGUGAUUUAAAAUCAUCUGAAGCACUUAAGGGUAUUAUUGAAAUGAUGCAUAUGAAAUAUAACCAUUUAUUAAAUAUAUAUAAGGAAAUUAAUAUACAAAAAUAA